AUGUCCAAACCCCUUCUAGCAGCUGCAGCGGCACUAUCAAUUCAAUCCACCCUCGCAAUCCCCCAUCGCGUACUCGACACCAACUUUCCCGAUCCCAGCCUGAUCAAAACACACGAUGGAUUCUACUCGUUCGCGACAUCGGGGAAUGGGGUAAAUGCGCAGAUUGCAUUUUCAUCAGACUUCACCACGUGGGAGCUCCAAAAGGGCAAAGAUGCACUGCCCGGUCCGUUUCCCGAGUGGGUGGCUGAGAAGCCGUCGAUUUGGGCGCCGGAUGUUGCUGAGUUGGAUGAUGGGUCGUUCGUGAUGUACUUUUCUGCGACUGCAAAGGGGAAUUCAUCGAAGCAUUGUGUUGGGACUGCGACGGCGAGGUCUGUCACAGGGCCAUACACGCCCAAUGAUAAACCACUCGCCUGUCCGAUUGAAAAGGGUGGUGCUAUCGACCCAGCUGGGUUUAAUGAUGGUGGAAAGCGAUACGUCGUGUACAAGGUCGAUGGGAAUAGCCUCAACAAAAAAGGCAGUACCCAUCCCACGCCUCUCAUGCUGCAGCCUGUGAAAUCCGACGGCGUCACGCCCGAUGGCGAGGCAAUCCAGCUCCUCGACCGAGAUAGCAAUGAUGGCCCGCUCAUUGAAGCGCCUAGUCUCGCCAAGGGGAAGGAUGGAACAUACUACCUCUCCUUCUCGUCGAACAUGUACAACACGAAAAAGUACGACGUGAGCUACGCCACGGCGAAGAACAUCAAAGGACCCUGGACGAAAGCGAGUGAUCCGAACGCGCCGUUGCUGAAGAGUGGCGAUAGCGCUGAGGAUGGGAAGUUGGCUGGGCCUGGAGGAUCGAGCUUCGUGGAAGGAGGCAAGGGAAAGAUUCUGUUUCAUGCGUUUCGGAAUGGGGAGGAUAUGAAGCAGGGGAGGGCGGUUUGGGCGGCUGAUAUUGUGUUGGAUGGGGGGAAGAUUCGUAUUUCUUGA